UUUGCUACAAUCAUGGAAGAUGAUCAAAUUCCGUCAGCCCCUUCAACUCCAAUGACCCCGGGAACUCCCGGAGCUCCACUCUUUGGCAAAAACCACCAUGGAUUCCGACCAGACAUGAACAAUGGCAAGAAACCUAAUUCAAUUGCUUCCCUUUUAAAAAACUCCAAAUGCUUCAAACCCAAUUGGUCAAAUGAUGUUGAAGAAGGAUCUCUCCCAUCUCUCUCAUGUUCUAUCCCAUCACCACCCAUCUCUCUCUCAAGAAAGGUGGGAGCAGAGUUUAUAGGAACAUUAAUACUGAUAUUCUCCGGUACGGCGACGGCAAUAGUGAACCAGAAAAGUGAAGGAUCGGAGACAUUGAUUGGAUUGGCGGCUUCAACUGGGUUAGCAGUUAUGGUGGUGAUUUUGUCGACAGGACAUAUCUCAGGAGCACAUUUAAACCCAGCUGUUACAAUUUCAUUUGCAGCUUUGAAACAUUUUCCAUGGAAACAUGUACCUAUGUAUGUAUUAGCACAAGUGUUGGCAUCGAUAUGUGCUGCGUUUGCUUUGAAGGGUAUUUUUGAUCCGGUUAUGGCCGGAGGUGUGACUGUUCCGGCGGAAGGGACGACGAAUGUUCAAGCUUUUGGUUUGGAGUUCAUCAUUAGCUUCAAUCUUAUGUUUGUUGUCACUGCUGUUGCCACCGACACUAGAUCUGUCGGAGAGCUGGCGGGAAUCGCGGUGGGAGCCACCGUCAUGCUUAACAUACUAAUUGCUGGAGGAACAACAGGAGCAUCUAUGAAUCCGGUAAGAACAUUGGGACCUGCUAUAGCUGCUAAUAAUUUUAAGGGUUUUUGGAUUUACUGUUCUGCUCCUUUUCUCGGAGCUCUCGCCGGAGCCGGUGUUUAUUCCGCCGUUAAACUGCCGGAAAAUUAUAAUGACGACGAUGAUCAUCAUGCUAAUCCAACCGCCGGUCACAGCUUUAGAAGGUCAUGAAAAUGUAAAUAGCAGCCGUCGAUCGGAUUUAUGUAUAUCAAACUUCAUAAUAAUUAAUGUUGCUGCUGCUUACUUAACAUUUGAUGAAUAUUUUAUAUUAUUGU